AUCGUGAUCUCAUUAUAAGGAAACUAUAUUAAUAGUAGGAUAUGUAUUUCCGAUUAAGAACUUUAUUAUAGAAAAUAAUAAAAAGCAUGGAGGAUGAUAUCGAUAUUUAUGAAGAUUUACCAAGUUUUGGUACAGAGUUCUGUGAAAACUUUAUAUCAAAUAAUGGAGUAAAUACUGUGGAGGAACAACUAGAAUUGAAAAAACAAAUUGCUGAGCUCACAACAAAAUUAGAAAAUUUUCAAAAGGUUAAUCAAAAUUUGGAAAUUAAUUUAUUUUCAUUAUUGAAAACUGCAAAAGCAGAAAUUGCACGAAAGGAUAAGAUGAUAGAUGAAUUAAGAAAGAAAUUGGAUGAUGUAACAUUCAAAAGAGGUAUACAUAGUAAAACUAAUGAUUAUAAUAUUCAUAAAUCCACCUUUCGAGAAACUAUUGUGAAUGCACAUCAUAAAUCUACAGAUAAGUGUUUUUCUUCUAAUGAAAAUAAUGUUAAAACAGCAGAUUGUUCAUAUAACCAAACUAGAGAUCAACAGAAUAAAUCUACGUUAAUUCCUAUUACCGUUUUUGGUGAGCGGUUACUUAAAAGAAUGACAGAUGAACAGAAUUUAGAAAAAAAAGAUAAAUAUUUGAAUAAGAUAAGUAUCAGUAAUAAUGAUAAUACAAACAAUGAAGGAUAUGUAAUUGAAAGUGAUAAAGAAAAUGGUUUCUUAAGUGACAUUAAUUUCUCUAAUACAAAAGAAAUUCCAUCUUCUACAGUUGAACAAUAUAAAGAAAAUGAACACAUAAAAAAUCCUUCAGCAUUAUUAAAAAGUACACUAAAAGAUUUUGUGUCGAGUAAUAAAAGUGAGAUAAGUUCUACAUUUCAACAAAAACCAAUACUUGUUACAACCGAUACAAGGAAAAGAGUAAAUGAAGAAACAAACAGAUACAGCUCUACAAAACGAAUAAAAUCUACUGGAGAUGAAUAUCUUUCCAAAACAAUAAAAAAAGAAAUAGAUGAUAGUACAAUCUUAGACUCUCAUAGUAAGUGUUCACUUCCUCAUAAUAACAAUCUUGAACCUUCUAGUCAUUCUAAGGAAAAACAAUAUACCAUAAAAAAUACAGUUAUAGGGUACACUCGUAAUUCGAGUGCAGAACUCAAAAAACAUGAUUACUUUGUUAAUGAUACAAAAAAAGAAGAUGAGAGGAAAGAUAUAAGAAAUAAAAAUGUUGUAUCAUAUUACAAAAAGGAUGCUAAUGAACGUUCUUUAAAACGGCGUAACAAGUCUGUUCAAAAUACAAUAUCUACUUUAGACAGAAAAGACACAGAUUGUUAUAUUGAAGUUUUCAAAAGAGACAAUUAUCGAUCAAAUUAUAGUGAACAUCAUCAUAAAACUAAACAAAAAGAACAUCAUCGUACCGAAAACCACCGAUCACGAAUAAAAUCAACAUCAUAUAUAAAGCCAAGCCGAGAAGAUAAAUAUAAUAGAAAUCAAUACAAGCAUACCAAUUAUGAUGCAAAAUUUGAGGAACGCUAUAAUUUUCGAAAUAUUGGUACGGAUAAAUCAAAAAAUUCUAAGAAAGAUUUGUGUAAUGCUCAUAAUGAAAUGAAAUAUUCGACCACUCAUCGAGUUUCAACAAAUCAAAAAGGCGAUAACAUGAAAAAAGCUAACUCUUAUAAUGAAUAUGAUUCACGAAAAAUACGAUUAAAAGAUACUAAUAGACAAAUUAAACGGGAAAAUAAGCGUGAUGAAUAUAAUGAAUAUUCAGAUCGUAAAGUGAACGAAGAACAUUUUACCAACCAUGUAAAAUAUUCAGAAGUUUCAAAACGAAAUUGUGAAAAAGAUAAUGAAAUUAUUGAACGAAUGAAUUGUAUUCUACCAAUAGAAAAUAAACUUGGAAUCCAUGACAAGUUACAGAACCAUGCCAAGAAGGAAUUACAAAAUUCAUCGAUAGACUUCGUAGGUAGCGAACUUUCAAGUACCCUACAUAACAAUUCACUCACAAAUGGUAAUGAUGCUUAUGAAAAAUUUAAAAAUCAGGAAGAUGCUCGUAAAAUACCAAAUCUUUUGUCUACGGAAAAUAAUCAAGUGAUAAAGAAUCCGAUUAAUCACAAUAUGAAGUUUGAAGCAAUGGAAAAGUCAAAAAUAUCUUCUGAUAUCCUACAGACAACACCAAUUUCAAAUACUAUUAUAACAUCUUUGCGGGAACAAAAAAGUUCCGAAAAUAUCGAAACUAUUGAAAAUGUAGAAAACGUUGAGAACAUCGAAAAAUUCAUUCGAGAUUAUACUUCCACGUCUGAUAGCAUGUUUACAAAAAUAUCAGAAACGUCAAAUAUCAUUGAAAGUAUGAAUGAUUCACCUUCGAACUUAACAACGAAAGAAGAGAACAUUAACGAUGUUCGUAAUUAUGAACAGAAUUUAGAAGCAUGCGACAAUAUGCUAACUUCAAACAACUUGUACGACGAAAAUUACCAAUUAAAUAAAACAUCCUCAAUAUUUGAUGAAAAAUCAAUAAAUACCUCUGAAAAUCAUAUUUCUAAAAACAACUUACAAUUAAUCAAAAAUGAUUGUGCUGAAAUGCAAACAGAACAAACGAUAUCUUUGAAACAUGCAAAGGAUAUAUUACAAGAGAACAAGUGCAUUGGAUUGAAUUACAUGAAAUUAACACAGGAUAAUCAUUCAGCUAAUAACUCAAUGCAACAAAUAUCGGAACUGGGGAUGAUUGACCAUUCGUCAGAGAACAUUAUGAAAGAAAAUGUUUUUCAAAAUUCAUAUGCUUGCUCUACCAUUAUACGUAAAUCAUCUAAAGAAAUGGACGAAAAGAUGAAUAAUUAUGGUAAUGUGAAUACUGCUCAUAAUAUUAUUAAAAGCAAGCACGAUAAUUUCAAUAAUCACAACGAAAACAAAAUUAAUCCAAAUAGUCCUGACAAUAUCUCAACAAUAAAUGCUAAUUAUAAUAAUACAGAUGUUUUAAUGGACACCGUGCAUAAAAGAGACUGUAGUAAAGAUAUAGGAGAAAUGGAAAGUCUAGAAUUAAAGGAAUUUAAGAAACCAUUGCAAAGGACUAGGAAUGACAACAGAAAUGCAAAAAUUACAUCAACGAAUGUUCAUGGAAAGCUAGUUGUGUUCGCACGACGUAAGAAACCUGUAUGCUUAGCAAAUAGUAAUGCAAACAUGACUGUUCUUAUAAAUAAUAAUCCUAAUGCCAGUGUCAAUUUGACCACCGCAAGUGAUGUAGAAACAAGUAGCUAUGACACAACAAAUAUGAGUUGAUCAGUUAUUAAAAUUACAAAUAAUGAUAGUUGUAAUAGUAACAAUAUAAAUUGUAGCAGUAGUAGCAACAAUAACAACA